UGUCCGGUUCUGGUACAAGGCAAAGUCGGCCUGUAUCAACAAUGUCAAAGGCGACCGAAAGAUGGGAGCGGUGAUGCGGGCGCGCAAGUUCAGCCCUUAGAUAAUCUGGCUUCUACGACGAAAUCGAAAAGCAAAGGUGGCUUUCAUCAUGGGGUUUCCUCCUCUCCACCAAGUAGGAGGACAACACGCGGACGCCGAACACGAGGAUCAGGC